AUGUCGACCAUCAUAGCGUCUAGUUUAGAGGCUCGAGAUGCCGUGUCGGACGCCCAGAGGGCCACAAUUGAAUUAUGGACGCUAUAUUCAGUCGGCGUUGCGGUGACAAUUCUCAGAACGUUCGCCCGGGUGAGGACUGUUGGGCUGGGCAACCUAAGACUCGACGAUUGCCUGGUUUGGGUCGCGAUUGUCUUUUACACUGCGCAGACCGCUCUUGCAUAUAACGUGAGCAAUGUGGCUCAUGGUCUCGCAAACAAUAGCAUGACAACUGCCCAGAGGGCAGCACUGUCACCCGGGAGCCCAGAAUACAAUGCCAGGGUGAUCGGCUCUAAAAUUCAGAUUGCGGGCUGGACUACUUAUACGGCACUGAUCAACUCACUCAAAUUGUCUAUGCUGGCAUUCUACGUUCGACUGAUGGAGGGUCUUGGCCGUCGUCAUCAAAUUCCUAUUUAUAUCGGCUGGAUUCUUGUCAUCGGGAGUUUUCUCGCAAGUGUCAUCACAGUUUUUGCGGCGUGCCGACCAUUCCACAAAAACUGGCAGAUCAAUCCGGACCCUGGCAGGGUGUGCCAACCAGCCAUUUCCAAGCCGGUCAUCGCAGCAACCUUCGCCGGAAACCUUGCCACCGAUCCAUACCUCAUUUUUAUCCCAGUCCCCAUGCUUUGGCAAUCUAGUCUGAAGCUCUUGAAGAAGAUCGCGGCGACUAUCAUACUUGGGGCUGGUGUCUUUGUUCUUGUCUGCGCCACAUUUAAGAGCGUUGUCCUCUUGGCAGAUCCGGACGACGGCGCACAACUCGCUGACGAAUGGGGCACCCGAGAGACAUUCGUUGCCGUCAUCACGACUAACCUUCCAAUGAUCUUCCACUUGAUCAGAGUUUGGCUCUCGAAAGUUUUCGGCAGCCGUUUUCAGUCGUCUCAGAAGACAUCGAAAUCCCCCUUGGAUGGUUUUCGCGGUGGCAGCUACUAUACCAAUCGUAAAGGUCGAAGUCCUGCGAACACGAAUCCUAUCGCCAUCGACAUGACCUUCACUGAGAGCGAGGAGCGGAUGAUGGACGAUGUCAGGAUGCAGAACUUGAAGACGUCUCCUGCACCUGCAUCUGGCAACCCGGCCUCGAACGCCAUCAUGGUCUCAAACCAGAUUGAUAUUACUCAUGAGACUCGGAGCAGUCAACACAGCCAAAAUUCGACACAAGAUUUUCAUGAUGUGUGGUAA